AUGGAGGCUACAUUGGAGGAUGCUUUUGUCGCAUGGAUCAACACCUUUGACGGGAAAUCCAGUCCAAUCGAUACGUUGGUCCAGUUGGCCGAUGGUGUUGUACUUUCAGAAGUGCUCAUUGACAUUGACGCCAAAUGGUUCAAGCAACUUAGCAACGCAGCUCGUGAAGCCAACAAUAGGAAGCGCAAUAGUAUCCUAUCCGACAUGAACGACGAUAGUAGCUGGGUGAUGCGACUGAACAAUCAAAAGCGAAUCCACAAAUUGAUCACGCGCUAUUUCGACGAGGUGCUUGGGCAGGACCCUGAGCUCUUACCAUCCAUUGAUCUCGCUGCUAUUGCCAAGCACGCCAAUCCCUCCGAAUUAUUACGCAUGUGUCAGUUUAUUGUCGCCAUCGCCGUUCAAUGUGACAACAACCGCGUUUAUAUCGACAUGAUCCAAAGUCUAUCACAAAAGAGUCAGCAUGCAUUGAUGUUGUCGAUUGAAGAGGUCAUGAAUCAUUUCAAUGGUGGUGAUUUUAUCAAUCCACGUGAUUCACAGCUUUCAACAACCACAUCUUCAGCGACGACCACUCGAAGUUUUGACAGUGACAUGCCUUAUCGAUAUCAAUUGGAAUUUGAUCGAUUACUGGUGGAAAAGAAACAGUAUGAAGCUUCCUAUCAGCAACUUGCCAUUGAAUAUGAUAGCUUGCGAGAUCAAUUUGAUGAACUUUUGCAAGAGAAAAAGGACAUUGAAGCCCAUUUGAGAGAUAUGGAUGACCAAAUUCUGCAUACCAGUAAUAACAGCAAAGCCGAUUUUAUUAUGCGCUCUGAAAUUGACCGCCUUAAGCAGGACUUAGAGCGGUGUGAAGAGCAACGACUAGAAACAGAGACUCUACUCGAUAGCCAAUAUGCAUCCAUCAAUGAAUUAAAGCGAAAGAUUACCGAACUGACAGCAAAAGCGGAUGAAGCUGACCAUUUACGAUCCGAGUUGGAAGAAUAUCAUGCAGCUGUGGAACACAUGAGCACAUUACAAGCAACAUUGGAGAAAUAUGAACGUGAAGCGCAAGACAAGAGCGAUCUGGAAGAACAGGUCAAGGCUCUGGAAGCUCAAAACACGGAUUUGCUCAAACGAUGUCAUGAAUUGGAGGAUGAAUACCGUAAAGUGUUACGAUUCAAAACGGUGAUGGGAUCUUUUGAGGACCAAGUACAACAAUUGGCCGCCAACAACAGGGAGCUAUCUGAUGAAAAGGCGCGCUUUGAGGAAGAAUUGCGAAAGAUGAGCGAGACAUGUGCCUAUCUUGAGCAAGAUCGUGAUCGCAACGUCGAGCAAGUACAACUACUGGAAGAGCAAAUCAAGGAAAUGGAAUUAGGUGGUGGCACGAUGAUGGAGAAGGCUAUCAAUAAUUCCGAUCCAAGCAUACAUCUCGGGGAGGACGAGGAUAUGGAUGAUGCCAACAAUAUGGAAGAAAACAUGAAAAAGGCGAAUGUGACCGAAUUACGUCUGGAUAUUCAACGGUUAAAGAGGAAAAUAAAGGAGAUGGAGAAAGGUCAAUCAACGUCAUCCGGUGGUGAGCAAGAUAAGGAUCAGCUAGAAAAGGAUCUGGCUAUGGUUGCUGAAGAAAGAGAUAAGCUGAGGAAAGAGCUUGCACAUAUCCGGAAUGGUAUACCGGAUUCCCUGCUGAACCAGACACAAACCAUCAUGGCUUUCCGGUCUCGUAUUUUGGAUCUUGACAAGGAGUGCAAGUUCCUCAAGGAGUGCACAAUCAAAUUGGAGACGACGGUGUCGCAAGGGACGAGGAGCGUCACCAAGGAUGCGGCUACAUUACGCGAAUAUGAAAAGGAGCAAGCCAAGAUCCAGGAUCGAUUGAAUCGUUUGGAAGAUAUCACCAAGAUGCAAUUGCAUGACAUUAAUCGGAUGCUUGUGGAAGCCAAUUAUCUUCAUGGUAUCAAUAGUGAUGGUAGCCUCAAGGAUCGACCGGCAUUAAGCGAUGAUGAGCUCGAGACGAUCAAGGAGCAAAAUGCCAAUUUGCAGAUUUGCGUAUUGCAUUUACAAGAAGAAAUUAAUGAGAAUCAAGGCAAGAUCCGUAAAGUGCGUGAUAUGAUCAAGUUAUAUACCCAGCUGUUGGAAGAGAUGACGGCACGCUUCAAUGCCAACAAUGGUGCAAGGCGUUCGGGUGAACCAGGAUUACUCAACCGUACACCUCGUACAAAAGAAGAAGAAUAUGAUUUGCUCAAGAAACAAAUCCACAAUGUACGUGUACAAUCACAAAAGGAACAACAACUUAUUGUAUCUGGGUGGUACGACCUUGCACUACGUAACCAUCGUGAAAUGUCGAAUCCCUCCUUUCGAUCCACACCUUCCUCCUGGCUUGGGAGACAACGCAAGAUUUUGGAUAGCCAGCUUAGAAAACGUUUAUGUUAG